CGAAAGCUACCAAGGCAGAGCGAACCCUGAGACACAACACAGCAGCCACAGCACAAGGCAGACUGGCACCAAAAUGGCCACCACGGUGACAGAAUCCCAGGGGGUGAAGCUGGUCACAGAGGUUGUCUCACAGACCGACUCCCGGGCUGCUCAGCUGGCCUCAGUGGUACCACAGCCCACCUCAGCCCAGGUCAAAGGCUUCCGGAAGGCACAGCCCAAGGCACUGGGGUCCAUACAGAUCAUGUCCGGAUUCACGCACAUCUCCUUUGGGAUUGCCUUGGUGAUAAUACAAUCCUCAACCCCAGCCCUUACUGUAGCCAGCGGAGUCUACUUCUGGAUCGGCUUCCUGCUUGUGUCCUCGGGGUCCGUGCUGGUGGAGGCUCAGAGAAGAGAAGGCAUGUGGCUGGUGAAAGUCUGCUGCAUUAUCAGCAGCAUAGUCAUCGUGGCCACCCUGAUGGCCGUGAUCAUCCACGGCGUGGAGAUCGGCCAAGCCAUUCCAUGGUGCGACACGUUCAAGAACGACGACGGGACCGUGAUGAGGUGCUCCAAAUCUGCCUACAUUCUGAGCCACGGACUUAACUCGAUGUUCAUCCUGCUUUGCCUGCUGGAGCUGUGCACGGCCGUCACCGCUCUGGUGUACGGCUACAAGGCCAUGAAACAACAGGACUACACGCAGAUGGUGCUGUGAUGGAGCAGAGGCCAGCUUCACUCUUCCCACCGCCCAGGGGCACUGAGAACAUGAUGGAGACAUCCUGCAUUGGAGACCCAGCAACAUGGACCCUUGGCCACUUCUUCAGCUUCCCAGGCAGGAUGGAGAAUGGAGCAAACUCUGAGCCCCAACAUCUCCUGCAGUCCACCCCUUUUCCCAGUCUCCUGUGUGGUAGGAGUGAAGGAUAGGCAAACACCACUAUCCCUGAGCCCCACAACUGACAGAUGAGAGCGGCUUUAACACUCAAAGGGUACGUCUAAACUACAUGCCUCUGUCGGCAGAGGCAUGUAGAUUUGUUUGUUCAGCAAAGCUAAAUGAAGCCGCGAUUUAAAU